UGUUUGUGUGUGGGGUGGAGGAGAGGAGAGGAGAAACGAGACUCAAACUCUGAGAAAGGCGCCACAUAGAAACACCAGCGCAGGAUCAGCAAGAUCUUCCUAUGAAGUCAAGCUGUGGCUGGUUGGGGGAAAGCAGUGCACUCAGCAGUCAUUUAGAUUUCUGCAUCACUUGAAGGCCACAGCAGCUGAUGAUGAAGCGAAGCCGUGUCCCAAGCACCAGUGAGGACUCGGAUAAUGGAAGUAACUCCACAUCCUGCUCUCAGCAUUCCAAAUCAAAGCACAGGAAACAGAAUGGAAAAAGACCCUCAGAGGUGUUCAGGACAGACCUGAUCACUGCUAUGAAACUGCAUGAUUCAUAUCAGCUGAAUCCAGAGGAUUAUUAUGAGCUGGCAGAUCCCUGGCGGCAGGAGUGGGAGAAAGGGGUUCAAGUCCCUGUUAGUCCCAACUCCAUACCGCAGUGUAUAGUGCGCACUGUAGCUGAGAAAUCCCCCGCUCCUCUGUUCAUCAGGCCGAAGAAGCUGAUUCGCUCAUCUGAGUCAUCGAUGCUGGGAUACGUGGGUAUUCAGACGCUGGCUGAUGGCAUGUGUCGUUAUGACCUGAAUGAGGAGGACGUCGCUUGGCUGCAGAUUGCUAACGAGGAAUUCAGUAAGAUGGGCAUGCAACUCCUGGAUGAGCUGACAAUGGAGCGGGUCAUGGAGGAGUUUGAGCACCGUUGCUAUGACAACAUGAGCCACGCCAUGGAAACGGAGGAGGGGCUUGGCAUAGAGUACGAUGAAGACGUGGUGUGUGACGUCUGUCAGUCCCCUGACGGCGAGGAUGGCAAUGAAAUGGUGUUCUGUGACAAGUGCAACAUCUGUGUGCAUCAGGCAUGUUACGGUAUACUGAAGGUUCCCGAGGGCAGCUGGCUUUGUCGUACCUGCGCACUGGGCAUCUUUCCAAAAUGUCAUCUGUGUCCUAAAACAGGAGGGGCCAUGAAACCCACUCGCAGUGGCACCAAGUGGGUUCACGUCAGCUGUGCCCUCUGGAUACCAGAAGUAAGCAUUGGUAACCCUGAGAAGAUGGAGCCUAUCACUAAUGUGUCCCAUAUACCCAGCAACAGAUGGGCUCUAAUAUGCUGCCUGUGUAAAGAGAAAACAGGAGCUUGUAUUCAGUGUUCUGCCAAAAGUUGCCGUGUGGCAUUCCAUGUGACCUGCGGUCUGCAGUGUGGGUUGAAGAUGAACACAAUCCUCACAGAAGCAGAUGAAGUCAAGUUUAAGUCUUUUUGUCCCAAGCACUCAGGAAUGGACUGGAAUGAGGAAGAGGGAGAUGAUGACAGGCCAGUGAAGGUCCAGACCAGCGAAGAGAGAGGGAGAAAUAGAGGAGUGAACAUCUCAUCCUCUUCACAGCCCAGGCUAGCACAAAACCCAGAAGAAACCAGACUCAGUGAGCGUAAACUUCGAGUUCAGCAGUUGGAGGACGAGUUCUAUCGCUUCGUCGCCGCUGAUGAAGUCGCAGAGCACCUGCAGUUGCCCCUGGAAACUGUGGACUUCCUGUUCCAAUACUGGAAAUUGAAAAGGAAGGUGAACUUUAACCAGCCACUCAUCAUGCCGAAGAAAGAGGAGGAAGAAAGCCUUGCCCGUCGGGAACAGGAAGUGCUUUUGCGACGACUCCGCCUCUUCACGCAUUUACGACAGGAUCUAGAGAGGGUGCGUAAUUUGACAUACAUGGUCAGUCGCCGGGAAAGAAUUAAACGAACCUUGUGCCGAGUUCAAGAGCAGAUCUUUCAUCACCACAUCCGGCUGCUCGAGCAGGGACGUGCCACUGGUAUAUCUUCUACUAGACGUUUGGAGGAGGCUAUGUUUUACUUUCGGACAGCACCUCCUGUACCUGCAUCCCCUCAGCCUUUGAAGGGUCACUGUGGCCACAACAGCGCCCUGGGCACCACUAUUCAAAAUCACGAGAAUGGGAGCAACACCUAUAGAGUCUCAAAGCAUAUCGAAGCAGACAAACCUGCAAAGAUGCCCAGAUUGGAAAGCCUGGUCAUGGACAAUGUUCCCAGUACUGAGGUGGUUGAUUCAGGCUCUGCAGGUUGUAAGACGGCAGCUUCAGCUAUGGUGACACGUUCAGAGGGCAGACUGAGGGGCUGUGAAUCUCAUAGAAGAGAUGAGGAGAGCGAGCGCCCCCUGGAGGACAGGAGGAGGAGGAGCAAGCUGUUGGAACAGGUGUCUAUAAAAGACAAACUGAGACAGUCGAAGUCUAUGGAGGACGCGGUGAAGAAUGAGACUGAUCAUGACAACUUGGAUGACAGAUUACUGCUGUCUCACAGCAGAACCACUGCUAGUUCUGUAGUCACUGCUUCGACCACUUAUAAUGUAUCACCGAGGAAGACCAACUCAAGCCAUCAUCAAGAAAAAAUUGUGCCAAAUGGAACAACUAGGCGGAAUCUGAAAAACUGGGGUAGUUUCAGAAUUCCUAAACGGAGUGAAAGAACGUCAUCGGGGAAAGAUGGACAGGACAGAAAUGACAUGGACCAAAAUUCUUCCUUAAUUUUUAAUACAAGUCCCACCGCCACAACCUCCCCUCAAAUUAGGACCCGGCUGCGGACAGGAAGUGAGAACCGAAGCCAUCUGGAAGAGUCUGAUCUAGGCCAAUCAGAACAGGGUAAGAGGUGUCAUACUCAAAGACUUCGAAGCCCGAUGACUAGACGUUACGGUUCAGAUGUGAUCCAACGUGGAGUUCUUGCAUCAUGAAGUGUCUAAAUAUAUUAUAUUUCUCAUUUUCAUUUGCUCUUCAAUGAAAGGUGAACAGGUGGAAUAUUUAUUUUUCUAUUCUGUAAUUUCUGCUGUUGCUGAAACUAUUUUUUUGAGUGUAUGUCAAAAACAUACGCAGAGAGGUGUCAAAGACCAAACGAUUGGCUGAUGACGAAGAAAAAAAGUCUUCUUAAUGAAUGAAACUUAAAAUCAGGUUAAAUUAACUGGCACAAUUUUUAGAUGAGUUAUUAGCAUUUAUAACAUAUGUUACCAGCGUGAAACAAAGCCAGUACAGCCCAACUGUCUUAAGUUCCACAGAAUUACUGCACUUAACUGUUUGAAAGAAUAUCAUAUCUGACCACAACUCUAACCAGUGUCCAAAAUUUGGUUUUAUUCACCCAAAAAUAAAAAAUUGAUGUUUAUCUAUAUGUGAAUUGGUUUCUUCAGUAGAACACCAACAAAGAUUUUUAACUCGGACUCUUUCAGUCUGUCAAUCAUAUAAUGAAAGUGAAUGGGAAUCAUGGCUUUGAGAGUCAAAAAAACACAAACAAAACGCUGCAGCUCUUGACGAUACAUUGAUGUGUAAAGACAAGAAAAAAAUUGGUCUGUGCAAAAAAACCGAAUGGUAUUUAUAUCGUUUUUACCUCUGAUUCACCGCAAUGUAUGAACUGUCCUGAUCUCAGACUUAUAAGUGCAUUACCACCACCUAUCUCUCGAAUGCACCAUUGACACUCUCAGUCUCAGUUGAGAGUGUCAGUGGUCCACCUGAGAGAUAGGUGGUGGUAAUGCACUUAUAAAUUCAGCGAUCCACCGUAAUGCAAGAAGACGUGUCACGCAGGCUGUUGAGAACCACUCGGGACAGUUCAGACAUUGUGCUGAAAAAGGUAAAAAACUAUAUAUAAAUACUUUUCAGUUUCUUGCACAGAUCAAUCGUUUAAUGUCUUUACACAUCAAUGUAUCGUCACAAGCUGCAGG